CAACUUUCGAUAUUUGUAUCUCUGCUAUCCUUUCACUUCCAUCUCUAUACCCAUGUUGGAGAGCCAAGUCGCUGAGAAACCUGUUCCAGAGUGGGCUCUUUCGUUCCCUGUUCCUCAAAGCCACCCACCAUCCAUCGAUGCUUCUGAGCUCGCCGAGCUCGUUCGGACGAAGCAACCUGGAAAAGAUUUCAUUGUUGUGGAUGUUCGCAGGACUGACUUUGAGGUAACCCUCGUUUUACAAUUGUGUCCUUGGGCAAACUUCGACGAAACAGCGAUUAUUAGACUGCCUUUGUACGAACGGCUAUCAACCUUCCCGCGCAAUCAUUCUACCAAACACUUCCGUCCUUGCUCCCUAUUCUUCGUGAUAUUCCCGUCGUCAUCUUCUACUGCAAUUCAUGCUCUGCAGGAGGUCGCGGUCCUCGUGUCGCUGCUUGGUAUCAGGACGCGCUAGAUGCUCAGGGGAUUAAAUCCAGUCAGGCAUUAAUUCUCGUUGCAGGAGUGAAGGGUUGGAUUGCUCGAUAUGAAGAGGACUCAGUUUUGACAGUAAAGCUUUCUUAAAGCUUUCUUGAACAUACAAUAUCAUCCACUGGAUUUCCGUUGAAAUACGACGGUGUCUAUACCCUAUGCACUCGUGAUACAUCGUUCUCAAAUUGAUUCUCCAGGCGUGCUGCGCUGCGAGCUCUCGGCAAUCGCAAGUAUGUUCCAACAGAACCUUUACAAGACACGAGGCGUUUGUAUGGGCGUUUCGAUUGCUUUAUCCUGCUCCUGACGUUGAAGUAUUAACGUGCUAGCUCCUCCGCGUUCUCAUAGCUCCUGGGCUGGUGCGACACGUUGUUUCUUGUCUAAGGAUCCAUAUAUAAGCCAAGGUGUCUUCUGGCCGACUUUCUCUGUCCUCUUCUCAGGCCCUGUUAACCUUCGCUAUGGCCCAUCCCGUAUUCUGGCCUCACAAAACAUUUUUCUAUCCGAUCGGAAAUACACCACCGGUGCUGUUGACUCAGUUCCUUGCCUCGAAAGAGAACACGAAGGCUCUACUCUUGGGAUGUGGUGAUCCUAGGAAUAUCCUCUAUACGCUCUAUGCCUCAGGAGCAGACACUUUGGAAGGUGCGUCGUUGGAGGAGCGCACCCUUGGCGCUAUGCUUAUGCUAUGUGCGGAGACGAGAACCUUCGACUUCACAUGCGUCGAUAUCGAAGGCGCGAUACAUGCCCGCAACAUGAUCCUCUUCACUCUGAUCAUGGACGAUUGUUAUCCUAAAAACGACGUCCAAGUCUGGAAUAUAUUCUACCACUUCUUCCUUGACAAGGAUUCUCUAUCGCUGCUCAUCAGUCAGUGCCGCAAGCUUUUGGAACUGUCUCAGGACAUGGAAGCCUGGAACGCUGGGCCAUACUCCCGUGUUCUGAGAAUAUGCAGUUCCUUCACGCUUUCCGAAUUGCGCCGUUACUGGACUGCAUAUGCCACAACCGAUACUACGGGGCCGUUCAAAAGGCGGUUCAUGGCGGGUAUGAAUGAUGCGCGAGAGAAGAUGGGUGAUGGCAUGUUAAUUCGCUCCGCAGGCCCACUCCUAACGAAAUCUUUCAAAUCUCUGCGCCGUGCCUGUAGGCACUUCUGGAAGACAGGUGUCAUGUCUGAAGAUACCAAGGUCGUUACUUCAGCGACACAUGUGAAUCCUAUGUUCGCAUACUCCAUUCAAGGUGAUGGAUUUGUUACACACUAUGGGACCAUGCCUGCGGCUGCAUUCCCCAUUGCUCCUGCCUUCGCACAACUUCGUGCAUCAUUGCCAACCUCCACAUCUUUUCCCAAGAAUGACCUUUACGGCACAAUGCAUGACCAAUUCCGAAGCUGGUGUACCACAUUUCGACAUGCUGCCCUCUAUGUAGGGCAGAAGAGUAAAGUUAUCAUCAGGAUACUCGUGGGUGACGUCCUCUCUUGCUGUUACACCCUACAGCACUAUGCUUAUAGCCGUACAACAACUGCGCAACACCGCGUCGCGCCCUGGAACGCGGAGCCUCUCGUGUUGGAUGGCUUGGAUUACGAAACAGAAGGGGAUGCCAUACCUCCUCGCACCUUUAACGUGAUCGACACUUCGAACCUCGCAGAUCACAUUGGUAUCGUGAACAUACUCGUAGCAGCUACGCCUCUACUAUCUCGGACAUCGACAUCCACGUUGAACACCGAGACCCUCCUCCUUUAUGGAAAGGAUUCCGACACAGCGUUUGCAACCAGCCUAUGCGGUGACAUCACUACCAUGUCUAUUCUGUUGGAUAUAACCCCAUGUUCAUACGUUUCCAACUUCUCGACCAUAUCGAAUAUCCAUGAAAUCCUGUUAUAUAAAUCGACUAUGCUAGGAGGACAGUUUCAUGAUCGCGUCACUUGGAAAAUCCCUUCCCUGAUGGACGACCAAAAUGGUCCUCAUCGACUCGCGUUCGAAGCCAAAGCAUUUGGGGAACUACUCUUCAACAUCUACUUGAAGAUGUUCCAUUUCGAGGAUAUGACUGCAAAGUUUCAAAAUCUUUCCGUUGAGACUAUUCGCGACAGUGAACGAGUUCACUACUCCCGAUUGAGCCUCGCUUUGCUGCUCCAAGCUGUGAUGAAAAAUGUCACCGCUGAUUGGUCAGACGUUAUUCGAGCAUUGCUCGACCUGAUUGAGCAGGACCGCUCGCUGAUACUUGGUUCCAAUAAUUAUCAAGAUUUACUCUGCCAUCUCCAUGUCUUGGGCAUUUAUUCCUGUAACAACUUCAACGUGCCGGGAGUCGAUGAAUCCGCUAUGGUCAGGGACAUUGUCAAAGGCCUGCGAGCAUGGGACGUGAUUCCGCCCCUUAUAUGCGUCACUCUGCUUGUUCCCCUCAAGGAACUGCAAGCCAUAUCUGAUGAGCUAAGGCUCAACCCAAAUAUGAAUAUGCUUGUACACAGUGGUCGAUUUGUGAACGUUUUCACUCCGAUCCAGACCGCUGUUGGCACCAUCACGGGGACUGUGGAAGCUGGAACACAGCCAGUAUACAUUCAAGAAGACCCCAAUGGUACCAAGGGCAACUCGUUCCUCAUCGUCUCUUGUUGGGUUCGUGCCUGGAUCUUGACGGUCGCACCGAAUCACACUGUCGCUCUUGCUCUGCAGAGCACGGGCAAUACUGCUAAGUUGGCUAUGCAGGGCAAAUUGGGUCUCAAUCUGGAACUUUAUGGAUCAUCAUUAGAAAAUAGUCGAAACGUAUUGUUGACCCACCAGCCUCCAACGAAAUUCUCUCAGCGUGGAUCCCUCACUGCUCCCAUGUUCGGAGCACCUAUUUCUUCGGGAGGAUGUGAUACAUCGAGUUCUGCGACGAACCGAGCUGGAGUUAUCUCUACAAUGGCUUGCCGGGUAGUUGUAACGUGUCCAGAUGCACAGGCGCAGCUCGCCAACCGCUCGGUGGAGCUUAAGGCGACCCAAGUAUCAUCUUGUAAGAUGCUGCUUCAUGUCGGAGCCGCUCUGAGACAAGAAGUCGCAUAUCCAUUUCCGAUCCAGGGUGCUCAAGCUAAAUUGCGAAUCGCUCGGAAAUCCCAUUACGUUGAGAUAGUGGUGUCGCCUGCAGGCCCUAGUGUUCCAGGAGGGAUGGCAAUGAAUAGGUUUCCUGUCGUACGCAACGGUGGUAACACGGUGGCAUGGAACAUGCAUAGGGUGAAUAUGGAUCGUCUCCCUCUCCUCGAUAUAUCACAAACGGAACAGCUUGACUGGCUCAAUCCUGCCGUGUCUGGGAUGUUUUCUGAUAGUGACCGCACGGCACGCGAAGGACGUGCGGAGAGAGACCUCGUACUCGGCGACCUUUAUGAUAUGAAAGAUUCCUGACAUGUCAUAUUUGUCCGGACAGCUGGGAUUCAAAGUGCUCCAUCCACAGUGUUCGCUCUGAACUGCGAGGGUCGUUCCGAUACGCUUCUGUUCAUUACGGGUUUACGAUUGGACCUUCCAGCACAUACCGUCGUCGCAGAUGCGUUCGUGUUGCCUAUGCAACAAAGCCUUGUAGGAAAUCUCAGGCAGGCGCUGGGACGUCUCAAGGGAGUGGUGCAAGUCAGAAUCACUCAUGAUGAGCUAAUACUUUGGAAACGAGUACUUCCAGCUAUGGUAGAGCGUUGUAGAACCUGGGAGCACAAGGAUGAUUGUUUGUACAGACAAUCUCAGCGGAUACCUAUCAGUGUCCAGUACAGUCAGAUCCCGAUAUGCGAGUGCGGUCGCGGAUUGGACACCAACACUUUCAAGACAAGAAUUGAAUGGCGUGCAUUUGCCCCAUAUGUGACUCGCAUCGCAAUCUGCCCUCUUUUCCCGGUUUCCUAUGUGGAAAGCGUUGGUGGUGCUGUCGCAGAACUGGCUCAAAAGUUCAUGGAGAUGAAAGGCGAGCCUCCUUUGAAUCAAUGCUCAAAAUGCGGUGUUUACGCUGGUCGUAAUGUCAAGCUUUUGGUCUGCAGUAAAUGCAAGACUUCCGCAUACUGUAGCAAAGCUUGCCAGACCGCACACUGGAAACUGCACAAAGGCAGUUGCAUCGCCUAGCCUGUUGAGCUUGAAAUAUUCCAGCGUUUGUAGUAUUCUAUUCAAAUCUUCAGUCUAGCUUGCCGGGAUG